CUUGGACAGAGCUUAUAUAUAGGUGCCAAGUAAUUAAUCUAAUAAACUUGAAGCUAACCAGUAUCUUUUGAGUUCUAGAAAUAUGUGUAUAGCAGUGUUCAUAUGGCAAGACCACCCAUUGUACCCUCUCCUUCUCUUGCAAAACAGAGAUGAAUACCACAACAGGCCUACGAAGCCGGUCGGAUGGUGGGAAGGUUGUGAGAUAUUAGGCGGGAGAGAUGAGGUUGCAGGAGGGACAUGGCUGGCUUGUUCAAGAGGAGGGAGAGUUGCUUUGCUUACAAACGUGCUCGAGCUUCAUACCUCACCGGAGGCAAAGAGCCGGGGAGACCUGCCUGUGCUUUUCUUAGAGAGCUUGAAGAGUCCAAAAGAAUUUGCACAAGAGUUGGUUAAAGAGGCUCACCAGUAUAAUGGGUUUAACCUGAUAUUGGCAGAUCUUCAAUCCAAAACCAUGGUUUACCUCUCCAACAGACCAAAAGGAGAGCCUAUUCUCAUUCAAGAGGUUUCUCCAGGCAUUCAUGUGCUUUCCAAUGCAAAGCUUGACUCACCGUGGCACAAGGCCCAGCGCUUGCGGCUAAAUUUUCAGAAAGAGCUUAUCAAGUAUGGAGAAGGUGAAAUACCAGUGAAGGAACUGAUCCAAAAACUAAUGAAGGACAAAGUUAAAGCUGAUAAAAGCAAAUUACCUCGUAUAUGUGAACUCGACUGGGAGUAUAAACUGAGCUCCAUAUUUGUUGAAGUUGACACUCCACUGGGACGCUAUGGCACCAGGAGCAGUGCUGCAGUGUCAGUAAGACAAAAUGGGAACGUGAGUUUUUAUGAGAGCUAUCUUGAUAAUGGCAUUUGGAAGGAAGGGACUGUGAAGUACCAAAUUCAGAAGCUGAAAUAGUAGAUGGAAUGCAUAGAUAAAGUUUACUGUUAAACUAGAGAUAUGCUCAUUUCUUUUACUUGUAUAUAUGCCUGCAUGCUCUUGAUGCUGCAGAAAGACUGGCACGAAAUAAUACAAUGAAAAAUACAGUGACAUUACCCUAAACA